GAUUUUGAUUAAAAAAUGUCUAAUAAAGAAAAAGUGGUUAAACAACGUAUAUCUCCAACAUAUUCUGAUACUUCACCUUCAAAAAUAUCAAUUUCCUCCUCUGUAACGCCAUGCUCAACGCACCAGAACAAGGACAAAAAAAUGCAAAUUACACCACAAUUACCUAAAGAUUCUUCAAUUCUUCAAACAACCACCGGAACUAUUAGAACUCAAAAUGAUCCAAUAUCAUUAAAAAAUUCACUAGAAGCAGCUUUAGGAAUAAACAAAGAAAAAUAUUGGUUAUCUAUACAAUCUUUUAUAAAAGGUGAAAUAAAGAAGGUUGAAUUGGAUUUUUAUGUUCAUUCUUUAUUACCGAAAGAACAGGUUCAUUUACAUGAUGAAUUUAUUCGUGCAAGUAUCAAUACUCGUAAAAAAAAUCAAAAUAACGUUAAAAAUGCAUCAUCAUCACAGAAGAAAAAAUCUCUGAAGGAGAUUAUGUCUUCAAUGGGAAAAGAAGAGAGAGAUAAAUUACAUGUUAUUUUAAAGGGUGCACAAAAUAAUCAAUUUCAUACGAAUCCAAAUUUGAUGUUAUUCGAGAAAAAAUUUCCAAAAAAUAACAUUAAAGAUGACUUGACAACAAUAUCUCCAUCCUUAAACACUUAUUUUUCAGUAAAUGAGAGAGAAGAUGAACUUUCAGAGUUUGAUUCUAUUUAUACAAAAAUGACGGAAGUUGCUCUGGAUAAUGGAUUAAUUGGUGGCGUAUCUGAAGAUUGUGCAAAUUUGAUGAUUUAUGCAUUAGAAGUAAUUUAUUCUUUACAGAGAUAUUUCCUUCUUCCUUUCAAAUUCAUUCUUACUAAAAUUCGUUUUGUUAAAAAUUUUUUUUUAGGCGCAUUUAAAGAACAUUUUACAUAGUUGCGUAAAUAAGAUCAGAUCAAAUGAUUUUGAUAAGAAAAAGAAAAUUAGUAAUUCACCAAUAUCGUUAAGUGAUCUUGCAUUUUCAUUGGAAUGUACUCCUUAUAUUCUAGUAGAAAAUAAUUUUAUAUUGGAAAGAAUACUAAACAAAAUUAAUAAGAAAUUAUGAUCUAUCACAAUAUAUUUUAAUAAAGUUUAUUAUUAAUUGCUAAAUAAUGAUUUGUUGAUAAUCAAAU